GCUGCUGCAGGCUGAUAAGGGGGAAAAAAGUCACGAGAUUUCAACAAAAAAUAUUUAGAAAAUAAUUAUGUGUAGGUCAGUUAGCAAUGUAAAAGACUCACAGAAUUCAAGAACUUGUGAAGAUUCUAGAGUAGAAGGGAUUUCUUUGUUUUUCACUUGGUGCAUAUGAAUCCAGCCCUGUGAACACAUGCUAAAAUAUCAGAUUCUGUCACCACCCUUCAUCACUGACGUCGGGACGAGCAGGUGGAGGAAAAGCUCAGAGAGGUUGGAGAGGCAGUUAGAAGAGAGUUUGUUCUUUAUCUGUGUGAUUCCUGAAGGAUUUUUCUAGGAACAUUAGGAGCUGCCUCACCCAAAGUUAAAACCAUGCAGUUGAAGGUUCUGGUUCUGUUCUGCAUGCUGUCAACAUCUGCAACUCAGAAACGGAAACAUAAAACCUCCCCUUGGGAUCCAAAAGAACACACCAGCAGACAGACUUGCUCCAACCUGACUCAAGUACUGGACAACUGGAAAUUUGCUAUAAUAACCCAAGUGAAAGAGCUGCUGAUCCAUGACCAUGCCUCUGUUCUCCCUGAAUACACCAGGAUCCAGCCUCUCUCCGAGGCUCUGGGAGACCUCUACCAGCAGUUUAACUCGCUAAAAGACGAGCUGGGGAAGCUCACCUCAAAGUUUGAUGGAGUGGAGGCUUUUGUGGAUGAUAUUAAAGAAGGUAGAUUCACCGUACCUCAUUGGUCAGUGUCCAGGAUUCCUCCCAGCUUUGGUCUGAGGUCUCCACUUGGAGCGCAGCGGAGAGCUCUAGACAGGAGGCUCAUCAAUCAGCCAACACUGCUCAGAGCAAGGAGGAGAGGCACUCAGAGACAGUAACAUUGUUGAUUGCUAACUACUGUCCUAUGUUAACAAUAACUAUUGUUCUACACUUUUGGAGUGCUGGAUGUAAUGGGAAAGGGCAUUCAAAUCAAAUUACCCAGAAUAUGAACCACGUCAUGCAGUGAUGGUUGUUCCACUUUUCUUGGUCAUAUUCUGCCACAAGGUGGCAUCAUCCACCUGGUUGUUCAUUAUUCAACUGGUUUGUGUGCCUGCUCAUUACUGAAAUAUGACUAUAAAGAGGAUGUUUCUUGUACAUAAUAUAAUCAAUAAUCAGAAACCUUUAUAACGUACUUUAGACAAAUGGAGUUUGCUUUAGAUGUAGGAUUUAAAAAUACCCAUUCUUAAUAAGGAGACAAAGUGAAACUAUGUGUCAGCACAAGUUGAUAUACUAGUAACAGCUAGUAGUGAAACAAUAUAACUGCAAUCUUUGAUAGAACUCUUUUACACACAUGAAUUACCUUAAUCGGACUAUCCUGCUAUCCUUUGUUAUCUUCAAAUUUUCAGCUGUUAAUCAGAUGUCUUAUCUGUAAUAACAUUUUUUCUGAGUAUUAAUAGAGUAUUUUUGAUUCUGAUUCUCAGCAUGUGUGGUAGAAACACUGCUAAAAGAAACCUAAAAUGACAUUUAUCUGUUCAGGGCUACAACCUUGUAACAUGACUUAUAAGACUGUCCCAUAACGCAUGAUUAUUCUAUACUCAGUAUUUAUCACUGUCAUUGGUUUGCACUUUAUGUUUCUGCUCAAAUAAUUAUUAAAAACAUUCAACAGCA